AUGAAUUUUCCCUACGAAGUCGUAUGGAUCGUGGUGGAAGCUGUUGGUACCACCAAUGAAACGGCAGCGUUGCUGGCAAAAUUGAAACUUCAAAUCAAGCAUAUUGGGUUCAAGAAGAAGAUGCCCAUUUUCUGGAACGCUCGUCACAAGUUGGAAUCCGAGAUGCGAUUGCAAGCUUUAAGAGUUGUGAGAGAAGAGAAACUUGAUGGAAUUGUUAUGUUUGCCGAUGAUAGCAACAUGCAUAGUUUAGAACUCUUUGAUGAGAUCCAAAAAGUGGAAUGGAUUGGUACUGUUUCAGUAGGGAUUCUUCUUCACUCCAGUCAUUCUAACGAAGACCCUUUUGAGGUUCAAAAGAAUUUAAACGAACCAAACAACAAGAAAUCACCAUUGGCAACUCAAGGUCCCGCUUGCAACUCAUCUGAUCAUUCAAUCGGGUGGCACACGUUUAAUUUUUAUGCAUAUGAACAAAAGAGUGCAAAUUACAUUGGUGAUAUGGCAAUCGUAUUGCCCCAAAAACUGGAAUGGUCUGGAUUUGUAAUGAACUCAAUAUUAGUCUGGGAAGAAUCUGAGUUCAAACCUGAGUGGAUCAAGGAUUUGAACGAAGUUGAUGAAAUUGAAAAUCCUCUUUCUUUGCUUAAAGACUCAUCAAUGGUGGAACGUAGUUGUGAUUUUACAGGUGGAAACUCUAUAUCCAUUGUUGCACCGUGCUAUUGUUGCUGCCUCAGCUGUUCCAGAUCUUCAAGACGGUGUCAGCAUGGAGGGCGUGUUCUCCUGGCUGAUAAAAUGGGCCUUGGAAAAACUCUUCAGAUCUUGAAAAAACUUGAAGGUGUUCAUAUGAUCAAAGGACCUAAUCCAAGUUAUAAUGACAUUUGCUUCUCGGGUGCUGGAAGUGAUGUUUCACAGCUAUCGAAAAUUUUCCCAUCUGUUGAUAUGUUUUUUGGGAAGGGACAAAAGCUGUCAUUAUCCCCUGAAAACUACUUGUUCAGGGUUGAAGUUGAAUAUGGAACAUAUUUCUUUGGACGAAGGUUUUCGAUCUAA